ACAUAGAAGAUUGUUUUUUUUUUUUUUAACUUGUGUUCUCAAAAGCUUUUUAAAAUGUAUUUUAGAAUAUAAAACAAGUGUCUUACAGAGUCAUAAGUCUGAAUCAUACUAUGCUAAAUUGAGGUAUGCGUGUGUAUUCCUCCCAAAUGGAUCUGCUCAUCUGAUUACUCGUCUAUUUGUUGUUUAAAGUUAGAAUUUGAAAAAAAGGAAAAAAAAAGAUGCUAGUUGCUAAACUUCUGGGAAGCAGUCCAUUGGUAACAAACGCCACACACACGUGCAGUUUCAUUAAUUCAGUGUUUACACAGAGCCUGCGAUGGAAGCGUAAGCCCAUUUGGCUGCCCACAGCGAAGACAAAAGUCUUUAGAGUUCCCAAGAGACCAAAAAUACCUGAAGAUGAAUUUAAGGAAAUCCAAAGAUUAUACAACAAUUACAGGACCUACUUGCGCUCUACACUUAAAUACUUUAAAGAAAUAAACAAACAAAAUGAAAUCCAACUUGAUCCAGCUGUAAUUGAAAAGGCAGAGCAAGAAGAUUUUGAAAAGUGUAACCAAAUUAAUGAUGAAUGGAAUAAACAGAUUGCGGCAGAUCGAGAAAUAAGAUUAGCAAAGGAAAACGAAGAGAAGAGAUUGAAAAUUAUGUUAAAUAUUGAGAGACAAAAGGAAAAGAAAAAACUCCUUCAGGAACAAGCGGAUGAUAAAAUUAAAAAAUUGAAAAUCCUCAGUUCUACUAUUAUAACCAGAAAAAAUAUCGAUGAAGCCAUAGAAAAUGCAUUAGAAAACCCCAUUAAUUACAACAAGGCUAUAAACAUAGAUGGAGAAUGGUAUACAGAACCAACAGGAAUUCCACCUCCAAAGAUUCCAGUCACAACAGAUGUACAAACUGAACAGGCUCGGCAAUGA